AUGGCUUUAGUAGAAAAGUUACAUCGAAGAAUCAUUUCAAUUGGGCUUAUCCCAAAAUUUAUCUCGAAGCUUUCACAAUUAUCGUUGUUAUGCUGUGUCAUUGGUUUGGGAUGGUUGGUAUUUAUGUUGCCCUCGGACGGCCAGUUUAGGAGAACAUACAUAUCUGAAAACGCCUUACUUCCAUCUCAAGCGUACAGUUACUUUCGAGAAUCAGAGUGGAAUAUACUAAGAGGAUAUAGAACCCAGUUGGACUUAUUCCAAUACGUAUCAACAACGCAUGAUAGUAAUGCUGAGGUUUCUAAAUGGCUGCAAGAGUUUGGGGUUAAGACUGCUAUAUAUGACGAUGAGCAAUAUGGUGAGACUUUGUACGGUAUCUUUCACGCACCAAGGGGUGAUGGUACCGAGGCAAUGGUUAUUGCUGCACCGUGGUAUAACGAGAAUCGUGAAUAUAACACUGGUGGUGCAGCUCUUGCAAUUUCAUUGGUGAGAUUUUUCUCACGUUGGCCAGUCUGGUCAAAGAAUAUUAUCAUCGUUCUAAGUGAAGAUCCUAAGGCAUCUUUGAGAUCGUGGGUCACAGCAUAUCAUACGUCCUUAGAUUUGACAGGCGGUUCAAUUGAAUCAGCCAUAGUUCUUGACUACCCAGGUACCAGUGACAGAUUCGAUUAUAUGGAAAUACACUACGAUGGAUUGAACGGUGAAACUCCGAACUUAGAUUUGGUCAACGUGGCUGUACAUAUUGCUGAACACGAAGGCAUUAAGGUGUCCUUACACGGUUUGCCAUUCUCAGAACUUGAUAGAAAUGACUAUAACUCGAGAUUGAAAACGAUGCUUUUGGGAAUAAAAGACUCAGUACUUUCUGGAAUCAAGAACUGUUACGGUAAUGAAGCAUUUAGUGGUUGGAGAAUCCAAUCAUUGACUUUAAAGGCUAAGGGGAUUGAUGGACCACACGACAUCACAACAUUUGGUCGUGUGCCAGAGGCAUUGUCUAGAUCUGUCAAUAACUUGCUUGAAAAAUUCCAUCAAUCAUUCUUCUUUUAUCUUCUACUAGCACCUCGGUAUUUUAUAUCAAUCGGGACUUAUUUGGCGACUGCGGUGGCUGUCUCGGUGGCCUUUGUAUUCGCAGCAUUAAAUCAAAUUUUGAAUAACAAAUAUGGUGAACUUCCGUUGCUGUCUAUAUACAACAUUUGGUCAAUUCUAACAUUCUGCAUUUCUUUGGUAUUUGCCUUUGCUACUUCGCAACUAUUCGUUUAUUUCCCUCUACCUCGAGUCCUUUUGGGACUCAGUGGUAUAUUUUCGGUGCUUCCGCUGCUUUCGAGAACUAGACUAAGAAUCCAAGAACCUUUCUCAUACAGAUUUAAAGCUUUCGCAUACAUCUAUAUGGCCAUUGUUUUGACUUCUCUAUUAGUAUUGAAUUUCUCACUUGCGAUUGUGAUGGGCUUGCUUGCAUUCCCAAUGACAAGAACUACGACAAUUAUCGAGAGUAAUCUAAGGCUGUCGAUAAAAAACCUUGUCUUGCUUAUAAUAUCCAAUCCUUUCAUUGCAACUUGGGCAGUGGUGAACUUCGUGGAACCAAGAUUAUCUGGUUUCAAGGUUUUUUACGCCCUUAUUGAAGCUUCGCAACAGUUGGGGUGUUGGACAUGGUACAUCAUUUGCUUAGGAUGGUAUCCGAGCUGGUUACUAGUAACGUAUGCUAGUAUUGAUGCCAUUGAAGUGCAGACGCCCAUAAAAAAAGAAUAA